CUGCCAUACUAAAGAAGAAGAAGAAGGAGCAGGAGCAGCUCCACGCGUGUUAGGAAUUCGCGUCUAAAAAGCACAUUUUAUCAGAGAGGUCGUUUCGCCGAAAAAGCUGUCAUGGCGUCCUACACGUGCAUCAGCUGCAGAGUUGCGUUUGCAGACGGUGAGGUGCAGCGGGCGCACUACAAAACCGACUGGCACCGCUACAACCUGAAGCGCAAGGUCGCCGACAUGCCACCCGUCACAGCCGACAACUUCCAGGAGCGCGUGCUGGCACAGCGGGCUGCCGCCGAGCAGCACCUGAGCAAUGCGGCCGUCACGGAGGGCUGCGCCGUCUGCAACAAGAAGUUCUCCAGUGCCAACGCCUACCAGAACCACCUGCAGUCCCACAAACACCAGCAGGCGGAGAAGCAAGCGCUGCUCGCCGCGCAGAGGAAAGUGGAGAAGAUGAAUGAGAAGAACCUAGAGAAGGGACUCGGCGACGAGAAGGCGGACCGCGAUGCUAGGAACGAAGCUCUGCAGCAAGCGCUGAGGGAGCAGCAGAGGUCGAGCCAGACGCCGGAGGGAGCGGCGAAGCAGAGGUCGGAGAAGCCGGACGUAGCGCCGCGUUUGAUGUGGCUGGAGGAGCAAGCUAAGAGACGAGAGGGAGGAGAGGGAGCCACCGCUGAGGAAGAAGAGUGGGUGGAUGUUGACGAGGAGGACGACGAUGAUGAUGAGGAGGAGGAGGAAGAGGAAGAAGAAGAGCUGAUGGACGAGGAGGAAGCAGACUCGGCGACUUCCUCUGAACUCCACCCUGCCGCGCUGCCCGGCUCCAUCCCCGUCACCGACUGCCUCUUCUGCUCCCAUCACUCCAAGUCGCUCGUGAAGAAUGUCACGCACAUGACCAAAGUCCACGGCUUCUUCAUCCCUGACGUGGAGUUCCUCGUGGACCUCAGGGGCCUGGUCCGGUACCUCGGAGAGAAAAUCGGUGCUGGUAACGUUUGUUUAUGGUGCAACGAGAAGGGGCGCUCGUUUUACUCCACAGAGGCCGUUCAGAGUCACAUGACAGACAAGAGUCACUGCAAACUCUUCACAGACGGCGAUGCCGCCCUGGAGUUUGCUGACUUUUACGACUUCAGGAGCAGUUACCCUGACAGGAAGGAGGCGGAGGACUGUGACAUGAACGCAGACCAACUGCCCGACGACAACAACCUGGAGUACGACGACGACACUCUGGAGCUCACGCUGCCAUCAGGCGUUAAGAUCGGACAUCGCUCGCUCAUGAGAUAUUACAAACAGAGGUUUGGAGCAGAGCGUGCUGUCGCCGUGGUACACAACAGGAAUGCCGUGGGCCGCGUCCUGCGACACUACAGAGCUCUGGGCUGGAGAGACACAGGCAACGGCUCCUUCUAUCAGAGGCCGAAGGACAUGCAGUACGUGCAGAUGAUGAAGUCAAAGUGGAUGCUGAAGAUGGGCAUGAGUCACAACAGCACCAGACAGAAACACUUCAGAGCUCAAGUCAUGUUCUAAACAAACACGUUUACUAAAUCUCAUUAAUAAAUGGCUUUCAUAUUUAUUGUA